GCUCACGGUGAGUCCUCCUUCCUCCGUUUCACUGCUAUUUCCUUUCGACAAGAUGAAAAUUUCCAACUUUUAUCGAGCGGCGGCGACCUACCUAUGCGUCGUUGUGAUGCUUGCCCUAUAACUGUAGCCGCUAAUGAGCUUGACACGAAUACAAAGGGAGGAGGAAGAUCUGUAGCCUCAACUCGAAGGUUGGACGAGUUUGGAGACGCAUUGUUGAACGCCUUUGGUCCUCGACAGAUGUUGGAUGCUGUCCUGAAUGUGUUGUGGUGCAGGGUUAUCAAACAUCUCCAACUAGUUAGUGCAAACCUGGCGAGCAUCUGUUAGUGUUAUUGUCUUCUCCCUUCACGUUGCAUGAUGUUUUAUCACGACGGUCUUCGUAUUAUUACUGCCGAAAGUGCCCGCCACAGCUCAAUUAUUCGGGCAACCCCAUCUGAUACCUCUUCCACUCAUCUUCCUUACUCUUUUCGCUGAGCCUCGUGUCAUUUAGAUGUCAACGUGAAGUCGAUAAAUCUACUAGGAUUUGAUUUGUAACUGGUGAGUAAAGUCAAUAAUGUUAUCACGUAGCCAUUUGUCUUUCUAUGAUGAAAUAAUUGAAUACAAUAAUCAACUAGAAGCUGUUGCUGAGCUUUUGCUUUGAUUUUAACAUUCGUACCUGAAUUCUCUUCUUUCUAACCCCUUAAGUCGUCUUUAGAUCUUUACUGAUUCCUAUCUUAGUCGUUAAUACAGCGGGAGACCAUGCAAGGAGUCCCAUCGUUAGAUAUGCGUAGUAGUUACUACACUAGUAGACAAAUAGGACGUCAGCAUUGAGCGAUCAUUUCUUCGAGUUGAGCAAACGCAGUCAGCGGUGGAAGAACGGUGUCGCUUGCCAAAUUAUUAUAUGCCC